GCAAAUUUAAUCCUACAGUCUCUGGUUUAAUCCACCAUCCUUUCUGACGUCCAGUGAUUUGCUUAUGGUUUUACCAGAGAGUACGAAAAGGAGUCAUUACCGCUUCUGAUCGUUGUGAGGGCUUUGUAGUCUCAGGACUCCGGAAGACUCCGGUCACGCCUUCCAUCGGGUGCUCUUGUGAAGUGUCAGGACUCUUUUGAAGACGCGAAAAUGUCAGACAACCGCGGUGCUACAGUCGGCCUGUUGUCUUACGAGACCCUUGUACAUGCGGUUGCGGGCGCGAUGGGCAGCAUGACUGCGAUGAGCGUGUUCUUCCCGCUGGACACAGCCCGUAUACGCUUACAAGUGGAUGAAAAGCGAAAGUCUCAAUCGACCCCUAUCAUCCUGGCCGAGAUCGCAAAGGAGGAGGGGAUCCUGUCUCUGUACCGCGGCUGGUUUCCCGUCAUCUCCAGCCUCUGCUGCUCCAACUUUGUGUACUUCUACACCUUCAACUCCCUGAAGAGGAUGUGGGUGACGGGCGGUGUCCAGUCCAGGCCCAGCAAAGACCUGUUCAUGGGCUUCAUCUCCGGCGCCGUAAAUGUGCUCCUGACCACGCCCAUGUGGGUGGUCAACACCCGUCUCAAACUGCAGGGGGCCAAGUUCCGGAAUGAGGACCUGCACCAGACUCACUACAAGGGCAUAUUUGAUGCCUUCUCCCAGAUCAUUGCGAAUGAGGGCGUGUCCACACUGUGGAAUGGGGUGCUCCCCUCACUGGUCCUGGUCUUUAACCCCGCCAUGCAGUUCAUGUUCUAUGAAGCCAUGAAGAGGAGGGCAGGGCGGGGGGGCAGGAAGAUUUCUUCGACAGACAUCUUUUUGAUCGGGGCGGCAGCCAAAGCCAUCGCCACCACAGCAACAUACCCUCUGCAGACUGUUCAGGCCAUACUGAGGUUUGGACAGUACAAAGCGGAAGGGAAGAGUGGGCUGCUGGGAAGUCUGCGGAAUACGGUGUACCUGCUGAUGGAUCGAAUCAGGAGGCACGGGGUGCUGGGUCUGUAUAAAGGCCUGGAGGCGAAGCUCCUGCAGACGGUUCUGACCGCGGCGCUGAUGUUCGUGGUGUACGAGAAAAUCACCGCCGCCACCUUCAGGGUCAUGGGCCUGAACCGCAAACUGAAACACUGAGGCCCCGACCGGGCCUUACCGGAUCAGCACCGCCACCGAGCCCGGGGCCGUUUCUGUUCUACCUCCUAUCUGACACACACACACACACACAUACACUCUUAAUCUUCCUGAAAAUUGUUUUGUUACUUCCUGUUAUAGAUGGAGUCUGGAGUUUCAGUAUGGUGGGGGGGGGGGGGGGGGGUGUCUCUGGCAUUAUUUUUUUCUUUGGUGCUGAACCCUAACUGCGCCCCCUCCCCCCAUAUGUUUUUGGAUCAUGGGCGAGAAUUGUAAAAAUGUUAAACAAACAUAGUGUUAUGACUAUGGAACUGUUUUCAGAGGCCAUACAGGACUUGACUCUGAGGUGGGGAAUUUUUUUCCAGUGGCACUGAGUCUCAUUUUGACUUGCUUCCUGUGAAAUGACCCGCAGAUUAUCACACACAAACUGCUUUCUCCCUCAUGCCUUACUUUACCCUUCCCACCAAAGGUGCUCGCAUAUCUCAUUGGCCCACAUGCGUCACAUGGGUCACCUAGAGCAGUCAGGGGAGACUGCAGAGUGUGUGACUGCAACCGUGAUCUUUAGGAGAGAGGGGACAUUGUGGAUCAUACACAUUCAAACCAUAAAGCACCUGGAGCUCUGGUAUUCAAACUCUUUCCUGGGGACCCCCUGUGUAGGCUGGUUUUUGUUCCAGCCACAGCAGAUUUAACAAGCUGUUAGUUUUUCUUUGGUGCACAAUGCGAAAAUGGGACUUUUAUUCUUUAUGGACCGCAUAGCCAUUUCUGACAAUGUAGCUUAAGAAGGUCAAUAAUCCCUCUAAACAUGAAAAGCGCCUAAAUAGGAAAAAUUGACAGCUUGCUAAAAUUCUAGGAUUGCUGUUGUGGCUGGAACGAAAACCAGCGUUUGAAUACCAGUGACCUAGAGUCUGGCUAUGGCCUCUUUAUAUCCGCUCGUAUACAGGACCAUGGAAAAAUCAUACAGAUAGCACUUGUGUACAGGACUGCGAGUCAAAUAUACAAAUCUAACGCACUUAAAACAUGAGACAGACAGCCACACGGAGACCCCUUGCCUGAGCCCCGUAUGAACAAACCCCAUUCCUCCCAUCACUGAGGUCUUAAUGUAAACUCGUCCACUGGCGGAUGUGUCUUAAUGUCUGACUGUCACGCUAUCUGCUGACUGGCAGGCACUCCCUCAGAACGGGGCGAAUUAGCCCUUUUCACCAUGCAUGGGGCCUUCCCCGGCAACUUUACCGGAACUUCACCGUUUAGUGGCCACGUGUGGGUGGGACCUGGAAUUGGCCUCCUGGGAAAGUUGCUGGCUCAAGCCCGGCUAAUACUUACGGGCACGUUUAGUCUGUGUCGUGUAGCUUUUUGAAAGUUUCUGAAGUUCCUAUUGGUGUGGGUGCACACUGAAAUAUGGCAGGAUGUUAGCCGUUAUGAUUCCCUCGUUCCGUGUUCGAUGUUUGAAAAUGGCUAGAAUGAUCUGAAGCAUUGUGUACGCUGAAGGACUUCAUGAAUAUCUGCCUCACUGAAGUGAGUGGAUGGCAAGCCAGAAGCACUGUGAUCAUAACCUUAUUAUGUAACAUAGUACUUUUACAGAACUGAUUAUGAGCAAGUAACUGUGAAUCAAACUGUCAAUGUAAUGCUAACACGAUGGCAAGUAAUGCUCCAUCAUAGGUAUUACUAUGAACUAGCCAGAUGGAUCUCAUCAGUUCCUUUAACAGUUUCCUUUAACUACAAGAAGUUUUGGUUAGUAGCAGGAUUUUCUGGUGCCGUGUUUGCUUAUGAAAUGGUGUCUAAAUUGUAAUAUUUUGGCUCGAACAGAAGGGCAACGGUACUUUCAUGUUAAGAACAGAGCUGACCAUCUGGUUAGUCUAUAGUAAUACAGAGCUCCAUAUCCUUUUGGGGAAUUUUUAUUCAGGAAGUGGAACAUAAAAUUAGAUGUAUUUAUGAAAUAGAUUUUACAUUUUGAUGAGUUUCAGUAGCGUCUCAAGGUGUUGAGUUCUGUAGCUCUCUCAUGAGGUCUGUGUGUAUGAGAGUAAGCUCAGAGUCUCCCUUCCAUAAACCAUAUUUAUGAUUUACUGUACUGUACAAGCCUACUCCAUAGCACUUUCUGCAGUUCACCACUGCAGCACAUUGUAUUACACACUGAGGACUAGGAUCAGUCUCCAAGCCUGUUAUACACAGUGCAGACUGAGCCCAGUCUCAGAGCCUGUUAUAUACACUGCAGACUGGGAUCAGAAACUGUGUUCUGGCAGUUUCAGGCAUAAAGCUAAUGCAAUACUGAACUUGAAUUAAUCUUAAAAUGGCAUUUUGUAUCUUUUAAAAAAAUAAUUUUGGUGUAAUUUGUACUAAAUUAACUGAAUGUACUGUUUUUUUUUUUUGUUAUGGAAUCAGCCUACUGUUAGGAGAAAUAAAAGGGUCACAGUUUGGGAAGGUG